GUUCUGGUAUCAUUGGCCUACCCUCCCCAAUCCUCCGUCCACUCUGACGAGAGGGGCCGUGAGAGACUGGCCAUGAGCGAGAGUGAGGAAGGAAGCACACCGGGAGGCGGGAGAAAAGUUUGUGAAUUGGGCCCCCAAGUUUUGGGGGACCCGGGCUUCCGGCGUAGGGUGACAGAGGAGGCUCUUUGGAGCCCCAUGGAGCCCAUCCAGCCUGCAGAGGACCUCAGCCUGGCCCAGCAAAUGUUCACCCCAGAAUUUGGGGACCCUGAAGAGCCCGGGGAUGAGGCCACCGAUGGCUCAGACACCGUGGUGCUCAGUAUCUUCCCCUGCACCCUAGAGCCUGAGACUCCUGAACCAAAUGCUGGCUCCUCCUCACCUCAGGGUAGGAUUUUUCCCCGGGACUCCGUAGUCAGGGAUGCAAGGACCAUGGAAUCAGGCAGUUCCCUGAAGCACUCCACAACCCUCACCAACCGGCAGCGGGGAAAUGAGGUCUCGGCCCUGCCAGCCACCCUGGACUCCUUGUCCAUCCACCAGCUUGCAGCCCAGGGGGAGCUGAGCCAGCUGAAGGAGCAUCUGAGGAAAGGUGACAACCUCAUCAACAAGCCAGAUGAGCAUGGCUUCACCCCCCUCAUCUGGGCCUCUGCCUUCGGGGAGAUUGAGACUGUCCGCUUCUUGCUUGAGUGGGGUGCCGACCCCCACAUCCUGGCAAAGGAGCGGGAGAGCGCCUUGUCACUGGCCAGCACAGGUGGCUACACAGACAUUGUGGGGCUGCUGCUUGAGCGUGAUGUGGACAUCAACAUCUAUGACUGGAAUGGAGGGACACCACUGCUGUAUGCUGUGCGCGGGAACCACGUGAAGUGCGUCGAGGCCUUGCUAGCCCGAGGAGCCGAUCUCACCACCGAGGCCGAUUCUGGCUACACCCCAAUGGACCUUGCUGUGGCCCUGGGAUACCGGAAAGUGCAACAGGUGAUCGAGAACCACAUCCUCAAGCUUUUCCAGAGCAACCUGGUGCCCACUGAUCCUGAGUGAAGGCCACCUGCCAGGGACUCAGACACUCAGGGAACAAACUGGUUGACCCAGAGCUGGGGGAACCCAGAACUGGCUUCAAAGGCAGCUCCUGGACAGAUGGUGGGAGGGGACCCUUCCUAAGAGGAACCAAUAAACCUUCUGUGCAGAACUUGAA